AAUGUAUAUAGUGAAAUGUGUAGUUAUCAAGGAAAGUAAACACUGUAAAACGUUUAUUGUUAAGGAGGGUCGGCAUACCUUGUGACGGUAGCAUAGGUUCAUUUUAUUAAAGCUUUGAGAUAAGAGGUAUACGUAUUAUAUAUGUGUAAUCGAUUUCAAUCAAUAUUUGGACACCAAUCAACUGAUAGUGUAUUGAAAAUAUAAUAAAAUUUGUUUCAAUUUGAAACGUAAAAGAUGGUGGACAUUCGUAUGUUUGUAUUAUGUUUGGCUUUAAAAGGGACAAUAGUGGCAGAUUGCUUAAGCAGCUAUAGCUAUGGUGGUCAUAACAAGUAUUGUUGUUCAUACAACGUAGGUGUGAUAGCAGGAAUAGUAAUUGGAUGUUUAUUUGGAUUGGCUGUCAUGAUAGCAUUGGUAGUGGCAUGCUGUGCGGCAGUGAAGAAGUCAGGUACUAGUGGUAGAGUUAUUCCAAGUGGUCAAAGUGUAGCAAUGGUCCAAACGUCACAGCAACAACAAGCAAUGUAUCCACCACCUCAGGGUAUGCAACCACAGUACGGAUAUCCACCGAGUGGUCAAUAUCCACCACCAGGAGGACAGUAUCCACAGGGAGGACAAAAUCCACAGGGUGGUCAAUAUCCACCUCCUCCACCAAGUUAUGCUGCUCAUCCACCGCCUUAUUGACAUUCCUCUUCAUAAACAAGUUGACAAAACUUUUUUUUAUUUUAAUACUUGAUACCAAUAAAGAUUUGAUUGUUUUUAUGCUAAUAAUUAAUAUUUAUUAUGUGUGCGUAUUCUAUGUUUUAUCAUUGUGCUGAUU